AAUCAUGUCUCGUCUCUUGACUUCCAAGUUACUUUCGCCGUCACCUUCAUACACUGUAUUUUUCCCUGUUGGCUGCUCACCAGCUUUCAGAGGACUGCAUUGUACGAGGAAGAUGAGCUCAACCUUAGACAAGCCCUCUCGCACUUUCCCGCCUCUCUACAAGUCCACUGGAGACGUUUCUGUGGAUCAACUAGCUUUCUUCCAUAUCCUGGAGAAGUUAAAAACUCAGAAGAGAACAGGAUGGAUAGAUCACAACGUUCCCGGCCCAGAAAGUAUAUCUGAUCAUAUGUAUAGAAUGGCCGUCAUGGCUAUGUGUACGUCCGACGCGACCUUAGAUAUGUCAAAAUGCGUCAUGAUGUGCCUUGCGCACGACCUUGCAGAGGCACAGGUCGGCGAUAUAACACCUAGAGAGAAUAUAUCGAGGGAGGAGAAACAGCGUUUAGAGGCAGAAGCGAUGCAUAACUUCAUCCACGAUAUGUUGCACGACAGUCCUGCGGCACAAAGAAUAGAGGCAUUUUGGCGGGAAUACGAAGACGGUUCUUCUCCCGAAGCUCGUUUCGUCAAGGAUCUUGACAGGUUCGAACUGGCCUCGCAAGCAUUCGAGUACGAACGUGAUCAUGGCAAGAAGAAUCUUCAAGGGUUCUUUGACAGCAGUCUACCCUAUCUUCAACAUCCCGAGGUCAAACAGUGGGGCGAGGAUCUCGCUGCGGAAAGGGAGAGACUACAGGCGUCGCAGGCACAGUCUUCAUGAAAGCGACACGCCGAGUAAAUGACGUCCCGCCAAAAAUGUACCGUAUAUCGGGAGUAUGCAAUAUUCCUUACAGGACCCAGGUCCACUUGCAGGUCUUCUAGAGCGCGCAAAAAGUAUUACAUUCAUGGUAUGUGUGCAUUGAAUGUAUGCGAGAUCAUAUGAUACAAAACAGGAAGAUGCAACGAAAACAACGAAGGUAAGCUCUGUACCACGAACUCAAUC